AGGAGUUCACGGCCGAAAAGGAGGUUAAGUAGCAGCUGAGCAGCAGUUCGACGGCCGAUGCAGCGAUACUUGGCCGCCUGCCGUUUCUCCUAUUUAUCCUCACUUCUCAGAGAGUCAGCCCUAUUUCUGUUUAUCUGUUCUGCCUUGAGCAGUUGAGCCUUUAUUGAUGCUGAGGACCUGAGCAAGGGACUCCUCAAUUUAAACACGCUGAAUGACCGAAAAACAGGAAGGCAAAAAGAGAUAAUGGAGGCUCUAUUGACAGUGAAAUAUGCCACUCCUUGCGUGAAUUCACUCUCUGCUUCUCACACAGUGGCAAAGAAAGCCCAUGCCUUAUCUUACUCCCCCUCCAAGUCUCGGAAUCUAUCUGCACGCGCCGCCACCAACCACCUGGCAUCUCUAAAACCUGUCUACCAUCUUUUCUCGUAUUCCCCAUUUCGCUGUCGUGCCCAAACAAAAGAUCAAAUAUUUCUUCCUCACUUGGUUGCCUCCAUGGAAGAUAAGCAACAAACUUACAUUAUGAUUAAGCCAGAUGGUGUCCAGAGGGGCCUUGUUGGAGAAAUAAUAUCCAGGUUUGAGCGAAAGGGUUUUAAACUUAUUGGGCUAAAGCUCUUCCAAUGCCCCAAUGAAUUGGCUGAGGAGCAUUACAAGGAUCUGAAGUCUAAGCCGUUCUUUCCGAAGCUGAUCAAGUACAUUACAUCCGGUCCUGUUGUGUGUAUGGCUUGGGAAGGAAUCGGUGUUGUUCCAUCAGCCCGCAAGUUAAUCGGAGCUACUAAUCCUCUUGAUGCUCAACCCGGUACUAUCAGAGGAGACCUUUCUGUCCAAAUGGGAAGGAAUGUGGUGCAUGGAAGUGACAGCCCUGAAAAUGGUAUACGUGAAAUAGAUCUUUGGUUCAAAGAAGGAGAACUAUGCCAGUGGAUGCCAGCUCAAGAACCGUGGUUGAUCGAAUGACACCCCUCCAUGAGUGCCUGCUUUUUAGUAUGGUUCAAAUUAAGGGGGCAAUGAAGUGAUUUGUUAGUUUCAACUUUCAAAUGACAAUUUCAUAUCUUUGAAAACGUCCGGAGAGAAGGAAUGUGAGGUUGAUUGAAUACUUGAAAAGAAUAGUCACCUACAUUUGUUUGCGAUAGAUAUAUCGUUUGUUUGGUAACAGAUUACUUGGCUGAAAGCCUGAAAUGAUUGUAUCAGUUGAUCUCAAGGAAAAUCAUUGAAUAAAUAAGGUUACAAUGAACUUAUCUUGGUUAAUGCAAAAGUUUCUCAUAAA